CCACUGACGACACCGGCCGCGAUCAUGCACCCCCGACACUACCGCCUGCGCUUUCUGCUCGACGUCGCGCGCGCCAUCGUCUGGCCGCAGGUGGCGUGCAACGCCGCGCUGCACGCCGCGGGGUUUCAUCCGACGCCCGCGCUACGCGUACUGCUCUCCCUGCUCGCCGUCCCGCUCUUCGGCGCCGUGCGCACGUCCAUCGCUCAACGUCGCAACAAAGCAUAUGCUGCGGCGCUCGGCGCAGAGCCUGUCCCGUGCGUGCGCGGCAGGUGGCCGGGAAACCUCGACAUCGUACUCGGCUUCGUGCGCUCGUUCAAGGAGGACUACCUCAUGCAGUUCCUCGACGACCUCUUUCGCGAACACCGCUGCAAGACACUCAACAUGCGGCUCCUUUGGGAGGACCAGAUUUGGACGAUUGACGAGGCGCACGUGAGGUAUAUGCUUGCUGGGCCCGGGUUUGACUGGUUCCAUAAGGGCUACUUUUGGCAGGAGAGAAUGGAGAGCUUCCUCGGAAAUGGAAUAUUCAAUAGGGACGGUGCCGAGUGGCAAGCCCAACGCGCCAUCGCGCGCCCCUGGUUCGCUAAAGACCGACUGUCAGAUCUGAACAUCUUCGACCAGCACACGAGCACGACGCUCGCGCUCAUCUCGUCCUUCGCAGACGAGCGACAGGCGUUCGAUGCGCAGGACCUCUUCGCGCGCUUCACGCUCGAUUCGGCAAGCGAGUUCCUCUUCGGCAAGUGCCUGGACACGCUGCACGGCACGCUCCCCGUCGCGGGGCGCGCGAAGAUGGGCCCAAAGGGGACGAGCAUCGACGACGAGUGCGGAUCGUUUGCGUGGGCGUUCGAGGACGUGCAAGUGCAGGUUGCAAGGCGGACCCGCAUUGGCAAGCCUUGGCCGCUGUUCGAGCUUUUCCACGACAAGACAACGGAGAGCAUGGCGGUCGUGCAAAAGCGGCUCCGCCCGAUCGUGCGCGAGGCCCUGGAGAAAGACACCCGCGGCGAAUACAAUGACGAGGAGAGCACAUUCCUCUCGCAUCUUGCGAAAAGCACGGAUGAUCCCCAGGACAUUGCGAGCGCUGUGCUGAAUAUGCUUCUUGCAGGACGGGACACAACUGCCUCUGUCCUAUCGUUCGUAGUUUAUUUUUUAGCUCUGCACCCCGAGGUGAUGAGAAAGCUCCGUGCCGAGAUCCUGCACACAUACGGCCCAGACGGCCGUCCCUCUGUCGAGGAUAUGAAAGACCUGGAAUACUUGCGCGCUGUGAUUAACGAAACUAUGCGGCUCUUCCCACCUGUGCCAAUGAACCUUCGGCUCUCCGACAGCGACCCACAUGUCUUCCCCGCGUCUGGCAGCGCACCAAAAUAUUUUGUGCCGCCAGGAACAGGCGUCCUCUACAGCGUCUUCCUCAUCCAGCGGCGCACGGACCUCUGGGGCGACGAUGCACUCGAGUUCCGACCUGAGCGUUGGCUCGAGCCCGCGACUACGAAGCUGCUCGCGGAUUGCCCAUUCGCGUUCACGCCGUUCCACGCAGGGCCGCGUCUCUGCCUCGGCCAGAACUUUGCGUACAACGAGAUGUCGUUCUUCCUCGUGCGGCUGCUGCAGCGUGUCGCCAGCUUCGAGCUCGCGCCCGACGCGCAACCUGAGGGCUCUCUCCCGUCGCAGACGUGGAAAAUGCGCAAGGGGCGCCAGGCAAUCGAGGAGAUCUGGCCGGCAAGCUCGGUGACGACGUUUAUUAAGGGAGGGUUGUGGUUGAGGGCUGUGCCUGUGGGAAUGUAGCUUCCGAUGGAUUGUAUUUAAAAGGCGUCGUAUUCUCUUUAUUUGGUACCACCUUCAUUUUCAAUACACUUCUAUGCACCUAUUCAGACAUCAGCGUCUCAACAUGUGAAGUUCUCAUAUCGAUAUCGUCGAAGAUAUCGUCCUCGGUUUUCAGCGUUGUGGCUCGCGAGUUAUUAAGCGCCGAAAAAUAAUUAUCAAUAACGCGGUCACGCUUGGUUUAGUAUUAUUUGGUUCCGGGGCCAUCCUCCUGCUAGCCUCAAAUGGCGGCUCUCUUAGCUUUCUGCUUCUUCACCACCUCUUUCUCU